GCUGGAUGCAGGAGCCAAAUUGUGGCGAGCUAUAUUAAAAAACACGCCUUCACACCUUGCUUGAAGCUGACAUAUUUUGAGUUCCCUUACUUUCCUCACUGCAAUCUGCAUCAAAUUCGCGGAUCCAAAUACUACUCAACUCAUUUCUCUUCCUUCCGAUUUUAACUCUCCUUUGUUGUCUCCCUCGCGGCUCGCGCCACAAUGCGCUGGCCGAGCAAUAUUUGCACUUCAGUUCUCCGCUUCCUCGUCAUUGUAUUAAUAUCAGCCGUCAGAUCAGCUGAAGCCUCAAUCCACGACUACCAUGGAGAUCCAUUCCGAGAAGUCGGCAAUGCUUACCUACUCUCCGGUGGCAGCGAAGGCAUCCUCGCAUCUCAGUCCUCCCCUCCGUCGACACGCCGCGGAUUCCACUCCGCCGUUCAUGAUGGUCUCUCUUACAUCCGGUUUGAGAAUAUCACAUUUUGGAGGGGUAGAUCUGCUGCAGACCAGCACCCUGAAAUGGCAUACAGUAGUGGAUUGGUACAAGUUGUAAUUUUUGAGGCAGCUGAUCGGGAUAAUAUUGGUGGUUCGCCUUAUGGUGGGCAGAGGUCUAUUUGCUGCACCCCAGAUCUUGCAAAACUGGAAGGCUGUAAGCAAGGAGAGGUGAUUAGGAUACCUUCGGCAACUGAUAUUAACUGGCCUGUUGUUUUGAACGUGCAUUUCAGAGGAAAUUUGUUGUCUGCCCGCAUGAAAAAUAAGGAGGCCUAUAUAAGAAAGACUGGGAUGUACAACUUGUUCUUUAUCUCAUGUGAUCCAAAGCUCAAGGGAUUGAAGGUGACUGGAAGGACAUUAUGGAAAAAUCCUGAUGGAUACUUACCUGGUAGAAUGUCUCCUCUCAUGAAGUUUUAUGUGUUUAUGUCUGUUGCUUAUGCAGUCCUCAGUGCCAUAUGGUUUUUUCAGUAUGUGAGAUAUUGGAAAGAUGUUUUGCAACUUCAGCACUGCAUUGCUGUUGUUAUCGCUCUUGGAUUGCUUGAGAUGAUUUUCUGGUACUUUGAUUAUGCAUUCUUCAACAGCACUGGAACAAGACCUGCAGGAAUUACAACCUUGGUUGUAACAAUUGGAGCCAUUAGGAAGACCCUUCUUCGUCUUCUUAUUCUUUCAGUUGCAAUGGGCUUUGGUGUUGUCCGUCCUACUCUUGGCGGACUUACCACAAAGGUGCUGCUUCUCGGAAUAACUUACUUCUUGGCAUCUGAAUUGCUUAAUAUUGCCGAGUAUGUUGGAACCAUAAACGAUAUAGCAGGACGAGCUAGAGUCUUUCUGGUCCUUCCUGAUGCAUUGCUGGAUGCAUUUUUGAUCUUGUGGAUUUUUACUUCUCUUUCGAAGACAUUGGAGCAGCUACAGGCAAAAAGAAGUUCUGUAAAGUUGGAUAUCUACAGAAAAUUUUCAAAUGCAUUGGCAGUGACAGUUAUUGCUUCAGUUGCUUGGAUAUGUUAUGAGCUUUAUUUCAAAGCAACAGAUCCCUUCAACGAGAAGUGGCAGGGUGCUUGGAUUAUUACUGCCUUUUGGGACAUUCUAGCAUUCGCAUUGCUAUCUGUUAUCUGCUACCUCUGGGCACCAUCACUGAGCUGUCAACGUUACGCUUAUGCUGGUGAAAAAGGUGACGAGCUUGAUGAUGAAGAAAGUGAAGCACUGUGCAGAGAAGGUGAUAUCAGUCUAGUGAAACAGGAUAGAAAGGAAGAUAGUGACUCCUCUGACUUAGAAGACGACUGAUAGGAGGUUUAAAGUGGGGGAACUAUUGCUGUGAGUAACCAUCUGCCGCAUUCAAGGAUCACCUCAUGGUGCAACAAGCGAUAACAAAUUGGGUGUGAGGCCAACUUCUCUGACUUGAUGAAUAGUGACUUGGUGGGAUCAAUUUUUCGAUUGUAUAGAUGAAGUGUGUUGUUUGUUGCUUUGUAUCAAUUGAAAGCAUGAAAUCCUAGAGAAAGGAAGUCUUGGUGCAUCAGAAUGAUGUUAUUCAUGUAAAAGUUUUGUUGUCGCCAUUAUAGUGAGUUCAUAACAAGGUAGACCCCUGUAUACUUGCUUUUCGGAAUGAAAAGAAGGGUCUGAACAAAACACGGCCAGUUCUGAAGAA